GGUUCCGUCAUACCUACGCGAAACUUUGAUAGAGCAACAUGAAGAUAUUGUGGUUUUAUUUUUUCUUUCACUUGGUUUUUGCAGACAAUAAAUUUGGAUAUUCUUACUUAAAAGAUGUUAAAUUGUGCCACCAAUGGAACUGUAUAAACAACCUACUCCAUCUACCAGACGCGUUGCCUCCUCGAAAGCAAACAACUGAAGUUUUGAAGUCUUUACUACCCCAAGGGGCUUGGCAAGACGUUGUAGAGUCAGUCCUUGAUGGGUGUUAUGGAAAAAGAUAUAGAAUAUGCACAAAUACUUGUCCAGGACAGGCUUUGUUGCAUUGUAUAGUGGAUCAUCUCAUAUUGAACUGUCCAGAUGAAAAUGUGCGAAAAGCAGACGCGUGUUCGUCUUUGACAAGCUUAGCUGGAUUCAAAUACAUGUUCGCACAAAGUCGAUACGACAAUUUGGAAAAGAUUCUGCCAGCGGAACAAAGACCGGCGUGGUUUUUGAAACACUACUUCAAUACAAAAUGCUGCGACCUGCCACCCUUAUUCAACAUUGCGGACCUCGCGACUUGUGGAUUUUCCACCAUUAUCAAUUACUACAAGCAUCCUCCACGUCAGACUACUUCCGCUACUACUAUCACCUUACUUGAUAAUGUUAAGAGCAAGGUGGCAGAACCUUCUUCCUGGAAGGGGUCCGGAAUCGACAUUGCGCAUCGGUACCCCCCAGCACGCGGGAAAACUCCUCACGACGAAGCGGGUCACAUCGUCCUUUUCGUGUCUGCCAAACUUAUCCGAUCAGCUGCCAAGAACGUCAAACAUGUAUCGAUAGAAGGUAACAAAAAUUCUGUGCAUAUGUUGAAUAUCAGUGACCUGAAAGAUUUUAGCUUCAGUAGUGAACAGGAAGAUCCUCUGAACUGCUGCAACAUGGACAACUUUAUCGACCCCGCCUGGAGAUCGGAAUGUGGCUUCGAACUUAAAUAUUCAAACGACGAAAGACUGAUUAUUGUUAAUAGAACUCUUGUACCACCCAGCACUACUCCAGCUCCACCUACUAAACUUAGAGUUAAUGAUAUUAAAGUGUUACCUCUGUCAUGUGAAAAAGAAAUCUGCAUCUUCCGUCGAUUAGACAUUGUAUCCGAAUCAGGCGCUGUCAAUAGAGAUGCAUUUAUGAAACUUUUGGACAAUAUAACUAAGAACCAACCAGAGUGGGACAAAGCUAAAGCUCGGGUGCUCACAAAGUGUUUGCACAAACCUGUGAGGAGCUAUACUUACGAUUGUAAAAUUAAUAAGGUUUUAGCUUGUACGUUUGAUGUUCUUUCUGAGAACUGCCCUAAUGCUACCAAGGAUGACCCAUGCAAACACAUUUCCAGAAAUCUUUCAGCGAUAUCUCAUGAUAAUAUGACCUGCCAGAUUAGUUCAUCAAAAUAUGGACCCAAAAAUCGUCGUCUGUUGUGUGAACUUCCAAGUUUUGUGAAUUACACGAUUCUAAAAGAAUGCGGUGUAAAUACAUUCUACCGAACCGAGAUGGAACCAAUAGUGCCAAAAUACAGAAGUCUAAAUCGCGGUUGGUGUUCUUCGUGUGUUACGUGCAAAGAAUUGACGCAUUCUACGAAAUGUCUUCUCAAUAAAAUGGAUGUUCUAAGCAAAUAUAACUUCAUAGACUAUUUUAAGAUGAAGGAUCAAAUUCGUCGGUUUACGUCGAAUAAUGAAGACUGGUCCACAUUCACCGAUAUAUAUCUCAGCAGAUUUACAUCUAUGCUUUUGUAUGAAGAAUAUUGCAGUUCGCCGAAGAAACUUUUAAAUAUUAUUGACGUUAUGCUAUCUACUUGCCCCUUAUCACGUAGAAAAGACACACAGACAUGCAACAAAAUAUUCGAAGACAUAAUCAAAACUCCCCGUCGAACAAUAAAAAAACACAAAGAAAUGUUGGGCCAUUUCGAACCACGAAUGGAGUACCCGUUACCAGCGUACCAUUCAUCCCGCCUGGACUGGCAACACGAUCGACCAGCAUUUACUGUUAAAAAGCAAGUUCAUAAGAAUCCCUUACACGAUUUUGGUAUUUUAAAUUCGAAAAACGCACCUCCUGUAACAAUUAUCGAUGUUAAACCGCGUGAGGCCAAUGAUUAUGAUAAUAGAAAGCCUUCAGUUAUUUUACCAGUUUAUUUAAGAUCAGACAAAAUUCAUGGAAGUCUGAGUAAGUGGCCCAAUGAUGGCAUUUUGAGGAGCGCCGAUCCCUAUGGUUUGCAUAAGCAGAUUCUUGCAGCCCAAAAUAAAACUGACAUUACUAAUUCAACAAACUCAUAAAGUAGUCGUUUUAAUAUAAGUAUCUAAUAAAUCGUGAAAUAUACAAUGUUUUUAAACUUUCAUUUAGUUUAUUUAUUUAUUUAUAUUAAGAAUUGAUUAACGUAGGUACUUUAAUGUUGCUGCAAAUGUAAUUGUGAACAUGUGUUUUUAAAGCCUUUUGUGCCUGUUGUUACCGGGCGAGUGAAAGAAUUAUAAUAUUAAUGUGUGACACCUUUAACGCGUCAUUUGCACGUAUAUUGGCGGCUCCACACGCUUGCCAUUUACCGAUAGCCCCAAAUGUCUACGAACGCUUGGCAAAUUAGGUGAGACAAACUUCAGCACCCUCACGCCUGCAAACGCGCAGCUGUGCUGCAGAGAAGAUAGAAUAGCGGACGUCGAAUUUGUGUCUCCUAUUACGGCUUGACCUAUUUUUAUUACAAAAAGAAGCAAGAUGAAAGGAAUUGUGCGUCUGCUACUUUUUGUCUUUAUGGUACUUCCUUAUGCUUCGAAUUCCAAAUGCAAGGUUUUGCUUGGUAGCACUCCAGAAAUAAUAAAUUACUCUCAUUUGACCAGUCAUCUAUUUUCCAAAUUUAUAACCACGGAAAGCUUCAGGCUCCUAGAUUAUAAUAGUUUUUUUAAAAUUCUUUCCGCUAAGGAAAAGGCAAAGGUUUAAAACUUAAAAAAAAAGGUUUAAAAAUGUAUGAAGACAGUACAGCGUCAUUUUAAAUAUUAUACGCCAUAUCCAUCAACCCAACGUAGCAGAAAAGAAACAUUUGUCGACACUUCUCAACCAAUACUAACUAGCACAAAUGUGUGGAUACAUGGUAAGCGCUUGCCGCAAGCUUCCUUUGAUUUAUGCGCAAAAUCGGACAUUUGAACGGGUCGGCGACAAACACAUGCAAGCUCGCAUAAGCCAAUACAAAAGUUAGGUAUGCGUGUGGAGCCGGCAUAAAGUAUGCCGCGUGCAAUGGUUUCAAUUGGUCGUCUCUGGUAAUGAGCCAGCCAAUUGCUACAGCCAGUUGGCAACACGUGUAAAUAAAGGUUAUUUAUAUAUGUUUUUAUCUUAGAUCAAAUACAUUAAGACAUUAACUCCAGAGAUAUUUAUUUAUGUUUAUAUGUUAGAUUCUUUUUGCUGAUCUAAGAGAUUAGACUUUAGGAACCGUUUGAUACAUGUAACUCAUUUUUUGAUAAUUUUGUGGAUUGGAUCGUUUUUGCUUGACUACUAUUACUAGUUAUGAAAUAUCAUCGAGUAUAUAACCAGAAAUAGAGACGAAAUAAGGGCCAUAAAUUCCUGGUAACACAUUAGCGAUACAG